GAUAUUUGUUUACAACAAUAAAUCUACAAAAUUUCACACAUUUUUUUGAUAAUGAUAUCUUUUAUUUACAUGAUAAAAUAUCAUUCACCGCAAGUUCCUUUCUUUCAAUAUGAAUACAUAAUUUACUAUAUGCAAAUAAGACCAGUUGAAUAUGUACAAAAAACAGGUUAGCACAAAAAUAAUUUCUUCCUCAUGCAGAAAACUGAAAAACCCAGAAGUUUCCAUCAUCUGUGCAUAUGGUUGGUAGAAAUUUUCUCACUAUCUCUAGAUUUCAGGCAAAGAAAGUGAUUAUUCAGCAGUCAAAAUUAGACUGUGCAGUGUGGUGAAUAAAGUUUCCUUUGUGCUCCAGUGUCUCUUUUGUUCCAAGUAGUUUUGGUUGACUUCAGCUUCAGUUUUGGUUUAUAUCAGCUUCAUAUGCAAAUAUGCAAAAGGAUUUGCAAUUUCUUCAUGAUGAGGAAUCCUCAAUUCGUACAAGCAUCUGUCAUAUGUGCAAGAGGAAAUUAAAAAUGAAGCGAAGUAAGUCCCUUUCUCCGGAACCAUCCAGCAGUGCAGAUACAAAACGUGUGAAGCUUGAAGAAGCUGCAGAAAUAAAUGAUGUGACAUCCUGUCCACAUAUUCUUGAUUUUUCGGAUGAUGUUUUACUCAAUAUACUGAAAUAUUUGCCUCCACAAGAUCUCUUGGCAGUCAGCUUAUGUUGUCAGAGAUUGAUACAAGUAGCACAGGACAGAACUCUAUGGAGAAAAGUUGAUUUUCGAUCAAAGCCUGUGCUUUUGGAAGAUUUAAAACCAUAUAUGAAGUUCCUCCAACCUAUGACAACAAGUUUGGCGAUGCGUGGUAAUUUAUUUUCUGGCAAAAAUUCAGCUCUUACACAAAAUUUCUUUAAUAAAAUAAGAACACGAUGCAAUCAGCUCAAAGAACUGAUCAUUGAAGAGUAUCACAUCGAUGGAGAUAAGAUUCAAAUAACAGACUUUCCACCUACCAUUGAAAAGCUUUCGUUAGAAGGUUGCAAAAUGAAUUACUUACAGAGUACUAAGUCCUAUUUCUUUAAAAUGGAUCUUCACAUGCCUAACUUGACGUGUUUAAUUUUGAGCAAUUGCCAAUGGUUUACACCACAUUCCCUACUGGUUAUCAGCAAAAUACCAAAACUUAAGGAACUCAGGUUGAACUCGUGCCACCGCCUGGGCGAAUGUCUUGCGUAUGCAAGUCUAGCGACUAGAUUUGGAUUUAAAACGUUAGAGAUUUUAGAUUUACGAGAUACAGCACUUGGUGAUAGCGAAGUCGGUUGUUUCAGCAGUACCAAAACUUUAACGCACUUGUAUCUAGAAUGUCCUUAUACAUUAAGAAAUGAGGAAUCACCCGAAAUUAUACAACAGCGACAGCGACAAUUACCUAUCUACCAAGAUGACAUUUUGGCACAGUUUGUAGUCGAAGAUGAAACAUCUUUCGAAAACUACAAUCUCCAACGAUGUUUGAUAUCAGACAGAGCAAUCUGUGCGCUUGGAAGCGAUACCUGUGACAGAAGAGUGAUAAAUAACUAUCCGCACGGAAUGGUAAUAUUAGAAGAAGAUAGACGAAUAUUUAAUAAUCCAAAUCUUAAAACAUUAGUCGUUAGAAAUUAUCCGCGCGUGACGAAUUCGAGUCUCAUUCAUUUAGCUAUAAAUGCACCGAGCUUGGAGUACUUGGAUGUAACUGGUACUUCCGUGACGAAGGCUGGCAUUUAUUGCUUUAAAGCGCGAAAAGCCAACGUUCAGGUUGUUUCGUCCUUCGAUGAGAAAGAAAAAAUAAGGAAAACAGUUGAGCAAAUUAGAAAUUAAUGAGUAUUUAUUAUUACUUUCAUUAAAGUGCAUAUGUUUGCAAAUAAGGUUUACCUGACCGACUUUAUCGAUUAAGGUUUAUUAAUUUUUAUCUGUUAUUAGUGUUUAAAUUAAUUUGGAAAUUGCAAAAUGAUCUUGAUUGACGAAAUAUAUAAUUUGAGCAGAAAUGUAAAAUUAUUUGAUAAAAAGAGAAAGAGAGCAUUUGCUUUUUUACAAAAUUUUUCUGGUGGAAUCAUUAAAAUAUAUGGAUAAGAACAUGUUAAUUGUGAAAUAUUAAUAUUUUAAUUUUUGCACGUAAUUUUACAAUAAGUAAACCGUAAAAUGUAGGAUAUUUAAUAUACUUAUGUAUGAUAUGAGUGUAAGUUUGUGUAAAUAUUAUUAUGUAUAUGCUAAAUUUUGCGUCAUUUUCACUUAAGUUUUUGCAUUGUUAUACAACAUGCAGACAUGGAUUGUGUAUAUUAUGUACUAGAUUCUUGUGGACAGAAAGAAAAAAGAAAGAGAACAGAGAUAUUUAUACAUGAUAACGUGUAACCAGUAUUUAAAUAAUCUUUUUAAAUGCAA